AAGAUUGCUAAUCCAUUUUCGUCCUUCCGUCGUCUCUCUCGUCAAGAGGGGGUGUUUUACCGUCGUCUCUCCGUAGCCGAGGAGAGCUCUCUUUCAAGCUUCGUCCAUGGCUCCGACGAAGAAGAAGUCGAAGAAGACCAAAAAGAUCAGGAAGAAAUCGAAGAAAAACAACAGAGUUAGUGUAGUUCCUUUGGAUCCGGAGGCUAUCGACUGCGAAUGGUGGGACACUUUCUGGUUCCGCAAUUCUUCUCCCUCAGGAGUUUCGAUUCCCUCAGAUGAAGAUGAUGCAUUCAAGUACUUUUUUAGGGUUUCCAAGACUACGUUUAGUUACAUCUGCUCCUUGGUGAGGGAGGAUCUUAUCUCAAGACCGCCUUCUGGUCUCAUCAACAUCGAAGGAAGGCUUCUUAGUGUUGAAAAACAAGUCGCCAUUGCUCUAAGAAGAUUAGCUUCUGGGGAAUCUCAAGUCUCAGUCGGUGCAGCCUUUGGUGUUGGCCAAUCCACAGUUUCUCAGGUUACAUGGAGAUUCAUCGAGGCGCUUGAAGAACGAGCCAAACAUCAUCUUAGAUGGCCGGAUUCAGACAGAACCGAGGAGAUCAAGUCGAAGUUUGAGGAAAUGUAUGGUCUGCCCAAUUGUUGCGGCGCCAUCGAUUCUACGCACAUUAUCAUGACUCUACCGGCUGUGCAAGCUUCGGAUGACUGGUGCGACCCGGAGAAGAACUACAGUAUGUUCUUGCAGGGAGUCUUUGACCACGAGAUGAGAUUCCUCAACAUGGUAACUGGUUGGCCCGGAGGAAUGAGCUUUACCCGGCUGCUAAAAUUUUCGGGCUUCUUCAAACUUUGCGAGACGGGACAAGUACUGAACGGAAACGGGAAAACUCUGUCCGAAACAGCGGAGGUAAGAGAGUACGUGGUCGGGGGUUUCGGGUACCCGCUUCUUCCGUGGCUAAUAACCCCUCACGACAGCGAGAAUCUAUCCGAUUCGAUGCUGAAAUUCAACGAGAGGCACGAGAAGGCGAGGGAAAUCGGGUCAAGGGCAUUCGGGCAGCUGAAAGGGAGCUGGAGGAUACUGAGCAAGGUAAUGUGGAGACCGGACAGGAGGAAACUUCCGAGCAUCAUUCUGGUAUGUUGUCUGUUGCAUAACAUCGUCAUCGAUUGCGGGGAUUACUUGCGGGAGGACGUGGCUUUGUCGGGUCAUCACGACGAGGGUUAUGCCGAGCAGUGGUGCAACCAGAUUGAUCCGAUGGGACGAGCCACUAGAGAGAAUCUGACUGAGUAUUUGCAGCUUUGUCAAGGGUGAAUAUAAGCUUUUUGCUUCAAUGGAUAAAGCCAUAAAGGGGAAGAAGCACCCUUUCUAUGCAAAAAAACUUUUAAAAAAAAGAAUUCAGGUUUUUUAGUUUUCUUCUCUA